AUGUCUGAAGCUGCGUUCUGUGCCAAGUGUCCUGGUGGACAGUGCGGCUGCACAGGUGCGGGAUGCUGUAAUACAAGCUGUAGAUGCCCCGGAUGUAAAGUAAACUGUGGAUGUUUCUCGGCAAAGGCCUCAGUUUGUCCCGACGGAAUCUGUCAGAUGGGAGUUGAUUGUGGAUGUGGCUGCAAGUGCAACAGCGCAUGCCAGUGUCCUUACUGCAAGGCCGGAUGCAAAUGUGCAGGUGCCAACUUCGUGUGUACCGCGGACUGCCAGUCUGGGAUGUGUUGCGGUACCAGCGCAUGUCAGUGUAGCGGCAAGUGCGCAUGCCCAAAGUGCAAGUGCAACUGCGCAUCUGGGGCAUGUGCGUGUGGUACGGGCUGUACUGGACCUAAAACAUGCAGGUGUGGUGCUGGAUGUAGGUGUAAGCUGUGAGCGAUCAUGUCUUUGGAGAAUAUGACACCAUACCGGAUGGACUGACCAAUUCUUUAUCAACUCUUUACGGAUAUAUUGAUUAACAUUCAAAUUUAAAAGUCCUGCAUG